AUGACAGACAGCCACGAAGCCCCGCCACCGUCAGCGGCCCGUAACUGUUCCAUGGAGCAUAGCCACGAGUCAACCCCACUUCUCCCGACCACCGCGUUUCGUGCCGUCCAUGAAUCCAUAUCGAGUCGUAUUGCCCACGAGGGCGAAAGCGGAAGAAGUGGUUUCCACCUGCGGCACUUCCUGAAUGUCUUAUGGCGCAGCUCGUGUACUGCCUCUAUGCUAGUCAAUGUGCUCUGGCCCAUCGUUCUGGUGGCCAUUGUGCUCCAACUCUUUCCUGGGCUGCACCUCUGGAAGUUUGCGACCGCCUACGUAGCUGUCGUACCCUCUGCCAAUCUUCUGGGCUUCGCAGGGCAGGAAUUUGCCCGAAAGAUGCCAAAGGUAGCUGGCAUCCUGAUUGAGACGACCUUCGGCUCCAUCGUCGAGAUCAUUCUCUUCAUCGUACUCAUCUCGCAACAUGACUCGUCAUCUUCCGUGGAGAAUGGCGAUGACGGCAAUCUCAUCCCCAUCAUCCAAGCCGCCAUUCUUGGCAGUAUCUUGACAAACCUGCUGCUUUGUCUCGGCCUAUGCUUCUUCGCUGGGGGUAUCCGUCAUGCUAGCCAGAAAUUCCACGCCAUUGUUUCCGAGGUCGGUACAGGCCUUCUCCUGGUUGCCGCCUUUGGACUUCUCAUCCCCAGUGCCUUUUAUUCGGCCCUCAAGUCCGAGACGAUGCCGGAAUUCCCUGGCCUGUUGGUAAUGCGCGAAAAGUUCACCCACGGUACUCUUCAGGCCGACGUCCUACAGAUAAGUCGGGCAACCUCUAUUGCUCUCAUCAUUGCCUUUCUGCUGUAUAUAUGGUACCAGGCCAGUAGUCAGCACAGCAUUUUUGACGAAGUAAUUGAAGCAGACGAGCACCAUGAUGUGGACCGUGAAGCGGACAUGCAGAAGCCCAAGUUCACCAUGACUGAGACUGCGAUUGCCCUCGCCAUAUCACUCGUACUUGUGACGCUGCUUUUGAUCUUCUUGGUCCAGGGAAUCGAACACGUUGUGCACAGUGGCAUCCCGGACCAGUUUCUGGGGUUGAUCCUUUUACCUCUUGUGGAAAAAGCCGCAGAGCACCUGACGGCCGUUGAUGAGGCUUGGGAUGGCGUUAUCAAUGUGGCACUUUAUCAUUGCCUCGCUCCUUCAAUCCAAACUGCGCUCUUCAAUGGCCCACUUGUUGUUCUUGCAGGUUGGGCGCUCGGGAAGCCCAUGGAUCUAAACUUUGAGAUAUUCAUGAUCGUGCUGCUCGUUCUCUCAAUUAUUGUCGUCGGGAACUUCCUGCGGGAUGGGGAGUCAAACUGGCUUGAAGGGGCCUUACUUGUGGUUGUGUAUGCAAUCAUUGCCAUUGCUUGCUGGUACUAUCCAAACCCCGAUGUAGCAACGUCCAAUGGCCUGGCGGUGUCUGAGGUUGUUAAUGUUACAAUGACAGUCGAUACCCUUCGACAACUUCAGCAACUUUUGAGUGCAAACUUGGCCCAUUAG